AUGGACCAAGUGUAUGAUAUAAGUUCAUCAUCCAUAAUAGAUUCGAGUGACAAUGAUAGCUUAGCUAGAUGUAGACCAAAUAAUUGUGAAUUAAAUCCUCAUAAUCGUAUGAAUAUAAGUUCUGACGAAAAUGGUACCUGGAGCUGUGACAAAGUAAUAAAUUUCGUCGAUGCUAAUUUUGACAUUGAUGGUGUAGCAAAACUAUGUGACACUAUUGAAAAGAGUAUUAGUGAAACAUUACCAGUUAAAUCAUCCGACAAAUCUAGUGAUGAAAAAAUCAGCGAAAGCAGUGUGAAAAACUGUGAUAGUACUCAAGAACACUGCAGUCAGCCACUGCCAGCACGUGUAGUCCACGAAAAAACGUUCGACAUAAGAUCCAGUCAACCAACAUCAAAAUCAUCUCAAUUGGGUACACCAAAAUUAAAACCUACAAAAAGGUCGGUCUUACCAGAUAUUGAUGAGUUCAAUUUCACCAAACGCAGUUCAACAACUAUAAGUAGGGGACCAGAAACUGUACAAUCUAACGCAGAUCAGCGGGAAGAAAAUCUUAGUACAGAUGAUGAGAUCGUACUGUCGGUGUUCUGGAAAAGUGGAAAGUUAGGCGCAGCUUAUUUGAACCUCACAACUAGAGAGUUGUUUACAAUGCAGGAUACUGUGGACUACAGUCCUGAGUUUCGUUAUUUGCAAUGUUUAUAUUAUCAGGUGCGACCUAUGACAGUAUUAUCGGGCUUCAAUUUACCACAACCUUUUAUUCAAACCCUAAAAACUUUAACGUUUAGCGAACCUAGCAGCAAUUUGUCAUCAUCUGAUGUUCAACAUACUUGUCUGCUUCAGUUGCUAAGAUCACGAGAAUGCAAUCUUCAAGCUUGCACAGCUAAUGUGAUGAACAUAGAGCUAGAUUGUUGCCCGGCGGAUUUGUCUCAGCCCGAACGUCGCGCCUAUUUGGAGGCGUGCGUUCCACAUCAUUCGGAACAAGCUAUGAUAUCUUUGGGAGUUCUUGUUUCUUAUGCAGAAACACACUAUAGGCAAAUAAGGGCAGGCUACAGUAGCCUUAAAAUUAUCACAUUAGAAGAUCAAUUGCUGGUUGACAAUGACACGCUUCAAGGCUUAAAAAUAUUUCACGAGACGCCGCAUCCAGCCAAAAAUCAGUUUGGAGUCCGUGGCACAGCUAGAGAAGGUCUAAGCAUUUUUGCUAUCUUCAAUCAAUGCAAAUCAACUAUAGGUUCUAAGAGAAUGAGAUGUUUAUUACAACAACCAUCCAGAGUAAAAGAAGUUCUUGAAGCUCGCUUAGACAAUAUAACAUGGUGUUUAAAUCCACGAAAUACCGCAAUUAUUAAUUCUUUAAUUAAGUGCAUUACAUCUAUUUACAAUAUAUCAAUAAUUAUGACAAGAAUCGAAUUAGAUAAGGCUUCAUACACUGAAUGGAGAACGCUAUAUAAUACAAUGCGAUCUGCAGCAGUGAUUUGCGAAAUUUGUAACGAACAGGCUCAAAACGAGGAUUGUCCUCCAAUCAUUAGGGCAAUAUCUAAUGAAAUGAUUGAAAACCCAAUGGUACAUGAGGUUACAAUGGUGUUAAAUCGUACGUUAGAUCUAGAAGAAACCAUAAAUAAGAAAGUGUUUAGUGUCAAGACUGGAAUUUGUGAGCAACUUGAUGAGCGUCUUCUUUAUUUAGCAGGACAAAAGUCAGUAAUAGAUGAAGCGGCUAGAAUUGAGGUAGAAUUGUUACCAGACUUUAUAACCAGUUGCAAUAUCGCGUGUCUUCCUGAAAUUGGGUAUUUCUUAACAAUACCUCAUAUUCCAGGAAUAAGUCCACAACUUGACAAUUUGGAACAAUAUAAUUUACAAUUUAAAUUUAUUAAUAAUAAUUUCCGCUACUACAAAAGUGAAGGAUGUCUGCUAUUGGAUGAAAGGUUUGGCGCUGUCCAUAGAGAAAUUUUAGCAAUUACGGCAAAGAUAAAAUCGGAUUUAGUAAAAUACAUAUCUGUACGGAAACAUAUUGUUCAAAAAACUAUCAUGCUGUGUGCAGAACUUGAUUGUAUGAUAACAAUGGCAAAAGUAGCUCGGGAGUUCACAUAUGUUCGUCCUGAGAUAGUUUCAGAUGUGUGUAUAGAGAUCAAAGGCGGUCGCCAUCCUUUGCAGGAACUCUGCACAAAUCAGUUUACGCCCAAUGACACACAUUGCUCUAAAACCGAAGGUUUAGUGAAGAUUAUCACAGGCCCAAACGCCAGUGGAAAAAGUGUGUAUUUGAAACAGGUUGCGUUGAUCGUAUACUUGGCUCAUGUGGGGAGUUAUGUCCCAGCAGAAUUUGCCAAAAUUGGAGUUUUUCAUGCACUACAUUCUAGAAUACGUUCCAUAUAUAUUUCUGCAAGAAAAAUGAGCGAUUUUCAAAUAGAUUUGAGCCAGAUGUCAUUGGCAAUAAGUUCACCUGCGCGGUCUUUACUUGUAAUCGAUGAAUUCGGCAAAGGCACAUCUGUUUUGUGUGGAAGAGCUUUACUUCAGUCAUCCUUGCAAGAUUUACUUAACAGAGGAGAAAACUGUCCAAUAACUUUGGUUACUACACAUCUUAAAAUAGAUCUUGAAGAUUUGCACAACCGCGAAUAUCUGCGAGCUGAGACAUUUGAACAUACAAUAGCUUCGAAAGGAAUGUUGGUUUUUCUAUAUCGACUUAUUCCGGGGCAAACUACAAAAAGCUUUGCAACUACCGUCGCCAGAAGCUCAGGCAUACCAAAAAGCACAACUGAUCGGGCUAAAGCAAGACUAAGAGAAACUGAACUUCCAGAACGCUCAUUAGAGCCUUCGAUUCAGGAUUUAAAUUUGGUAAACGGACUGAUAUUUAAUUUACUGAAGCGCGAUUCCGAAGAAAUUGAUUUUAAUUUGGACUCAUUCAAAACCAUCUUAAAAGACAGCUCAGAUGAAGAAGAAUCGCCGACCACAAAUCCAGGAACUUCUACCACAACAAACGGCGGAACUACUAGCGGAACCACUACUAGCGGCAUGCCAUAUUCAAUAACCGAAUCUACAACGACAUAAAUUUAUCUA